CUCGCGCUCUCCUUCUUCUUUCUCCUUUCUUUUUCGUAUAAUAUCCUUCUAUUAGUGUUGUGUAAAAUUAUCUGCUUGUUAGUACUAGUGUUGAACUGAUUACAGAAGAGAACAUCUUUGUCGUAAAUUAUUUUGAAUGUAGUUUGUACUUAAAACGUAAAGCAAGGCCACGAGCCCCGUACAAAUUUCGGACAAUUCAAAAAGACAACGACAAACGCAUUUCCAUCGCCCACAGUUUCAGUUCAACCUUCUUCAUCCAACAGAACACAUAUCACGGUUUAGUUGAUAAAUUUCAGCGUUACACUGUACCCACUCUUUUAGAUCGUGACCAACGAUGAGUUUUAUUAUUUAAAAUGAAGAAAAAAAAUUCAAAUAAAUCGUCGAAUUAAAAGUAAAAAGUGCCGAAAGAAAAUUUGUGCCAAAUUGAUUUCAAUAUUGAGGUGAUAAAGUUUUUUUUAAGAAAAGUGCGCAAACACUUUUCAUAAUGAAAUCGCGGUUUUCCGCGUUAUUACUAUUAAUAACCUCGUUAAUAGACCAAGAGAGGGCGUUUGCUGCAUCGCCAAAUAUCGGAUCAGCUGAUCACCAGGGUGGAUCAUCGAUUAAAGUUGGAGGCCCAAACGUCUGCAGAUCAAGAACUAAAACUUAUUGUUGCCCCGGUUGGAAAAAACAUCCAUCCCUUCAUCUUUGCGUAGUCCCAAUUUGUUUGAGAUCUUGUGGUUCUUCCGGCCGAUGUGUUCAACCAAAUGUUUGCAGAUGCUCCGACGGGAGCACUUCACCAUCCUGCGACGAUUCAAGAUUAAGAUCUGCUGGACCACCAAGCGGAUGCAGAGCAAUGUGCAUGUUUGGAGGAACUUGCGUUGAUGGAAAAUGUGUUUGCUCAGCUGGUUAUCAAGGGGAAUUUUGCACAGAACCGAUUUGUGUUGAUGGUUGCAAAAAUGGUGGGAAAUGCAUUGGCCCGGACAGAUGCGCUUGCGUUUAUGGCUUCCAAGGAAAUUUUUGCGAGAUUGAUUAUCGAACCGGACCUUGUUAUACCGGAUAUAGAGGUGCUUUGUGUGCGAAUCAACUCGAGGGGGUUGUUUGCACGAAAACUAUGUGUUGUGCCACCGUUGGGAAAGCUUGGGGACAUCCAUGUGAACAUUGUCCAAGUCGAUUGGAGUGUGAUAUUGGAUUUUUAAAGAAUACGCGAAGUGGACGAUGUGAAGACAUCAACGAAUGCGAAGCUAUCCCUUAUUUAUGUUCCGGUGGAAGAUGCGUCAAUUCAAUAGGUUCUUUCGAUUGCGAAUGUCCAAGAGGUCAGGCAAGAAACGUCGCAACCAAUAAAUGCGAUGAUCGCGACGAGUGUUUAGACGCAGGAAUUUGCGAAAACGGAUAUUGCGUCAAUCAAAUCGGUGGUUACGUUUGCGUUUGUAAUCCAGGAUUUAUUCAAAGCCAAGAUAGAACGUACUGCAUUGAUGGACGACAAGGAUAUUGUUACGCGAAUCGAUUCGAAGGGCGUUGCUCGCAACGUUUACCCAUGCGAUUAUCAAAAAAAGAUUGUUGUUGCGGAGUCAACAUGGGACAAGGUUGGGGUGAAGAUUGCUCGAGAUGUCCUCAACACGGCGAAGAUGAACACAGAUCGUUAUGCGCCGUCGAUAAACCAGCAUCACAUCUUUUACCAAACGGAACUAGUAACAUCCCGAGCACCAUUCGAAUAAACGAGUGUGUUUUAAGACCCGAUAUUUGCGGCCACAACGGAAUUUGCGUCGACACGGAAGAAAGUUAUAAAUGUAAUUGCAAAAUUGGGUUUAGAUCAACCGGGCCUAAUAAGGAAUGCGAAGAUUACGAUGAAUGUCAAGAAGGAAAAUGCACCAACGGGCAUUGCACGAAUACCAUUGGAAGUUUUGAUUGUCGGUGUCCUCAAGGAUUUGAUAUUUCACCCGAUGGGAGUGAAUGUACCGAUCAUAAUGAGUGCGAAGAGAUUGGGAUGUGCACAAAUGGGAUUUGUAUUAAUAUGGAUGGUAGUUUUAAGUGUCAGUGUAAGAGUGGGUUUAAAUUAUCUCAAACUGGGUAUGCUUGUCAAGAUAUUGAUGAGUGCGCUGAAAACCCAAGAAUAUGCUUACAUGGGAGAUGCGUGAACACACCGGGAUCAUACACAUGCGAAUGCGCACCUGGUUUCGUUGAAUCAGCUGAUAAAACUUUUUGUAGUGACAUAAAUGAAUGCGAUGGUAGUGCUAACGUUUGCGGACACGGAAAAUGUGUUAAUGUAGAAGGAACAUUCCGUUGCGUUUGCGACACCGGAUACACAACAACCCCCGAUAAUAAACGCUGCAUCGACUUAAACGAGUGCAUCUCAAAUCCUUGCGCUCAUGGAACUUGUACAAACACCGAAGGAAGUUUUCGUUGCACUUGCCACCCCGGAUUUGAUUUAGGACCUGAUGGUCGCUCUUGUUUGGAUACUCGCCGAGAUCUUUGUUACCAAGUUUAUCGAGCCGGGCAAUGUUUAAAUCCGUCAACAACAGCCGUGACGAAAUCGAGUUGUUGUUGUUGUACCAUCAUAACGGGGCAACCGAUGGGUUGGGGAACCGGAUGUGAACCUUGCCCGAUGCCUGGAACAACAGAAUUCGAUCGAUUGUGUCCAUUCGGCCCCGGAAAUAAUUUCGGGGGAAACGACAUCAACGAAUGCUCUUUAAAUCCGAACGUUUGCCCGAACGGAGCUUGCGAAAAUUUAAUUGGAACCUAUAAAUGUAUUUGUAACGUUGGUUUUAAAGCGGACGAAACCGGGAAAGUUUGCACCGACAUCGAUGAAUGCGAAGAAGAAGAAUCGGUUUGUAGCGGGGGACAAUGUCGAAACACCCCCGGAAGUUUCCAAUGCGUUUGUCCUUCCGGUACUCAACUUAACCAUCAAACGUACGUCUGCGAAGACAUCGAUGAGUGUAGAGAAUUAGGACCAGAAGCUUGUUUUAACGGGGAAUGUGUUAACACUCAAGGAUCUUACAGAUGCGAAUGCGACCCGGGAAGCGUUUUAGAUACAACAGGAAGGAUUUGUAUUGAUAAUCGCAAAGGAAGUUGUUGGAGCCGAAUGGUUCAAGGACGUUGCGAAAAUAAUUUACCACAAUUAAGUAAACGAGCUGAAUGUUGUUGUUCGGUUGGCGUCGCUUGGGGAAGUCCCUGCGAACGUUGCAAUCGAAACGAAUGCGAAUGUGAGCGAGGUUACGCUAAAAUCGAUGGAAAAACAUGCAGCGACAUCAACGAAUGCGAUUUAAACCCCGAUAUUUGCGGAGGAGGUGGAACUUGCGUUAACACAGACGGAAGUUUUACUUGUUCUUGCCCACCCGGAUUAACUUUAGAUGAAUCUCGCACAACUUGCCUCGAUAUAAGAGAAGAAAAAUGUUACGCACGUCAUAAACACGGAAAAUGUUCGCACGCAAUCGACGGAUUAUUCCGAAAAAAUCUUUGUUGUUGCUCAACAAUAGGAAAAGCAUGGGGAGAUAAAUGCGAACCAUGCCCCCGACCUGGAACCACCCAAUUCUCCGAUUUAUGCACCCGAGGAAUCGGUUACGUUGAUCGCAAAGACAUCAAUGAGUGUACAGAAUUUAACGGUUUAUGCGAAAACGGAAGAUGCAAAAACACAAUCGGCGGUUAUAAUUGUAAAUGUAACAAAGGAUACGAUUUGGAUGAUAACAAAAUUAAAUGCGUCGAUAUCGACGAGUGCUCAAUCACAACGAGCAACGUUUGCGGAAGUGGAACUUGCAAAAAUCUUCCCGGUGAUUUUAAAUGCGAAUGCGAUGAAGGAUUCCGAGCACUCCCCCCGAUGCAAAUUUGUAUGGACAUCGAUGAAUGUUUUGAAAAUCCAAAUUUAUGCCGCGGUGGGAACUGUUUAAACACAGACGGAUCAUUUAAAUGCCUUUGCCCAACCGGGCACGAAUUAACAUCAGAUGGAACGUCUUGCAAAGACAUCGAUGAGUGUUCAAGAACGAGUGGAAUUUGCUCAAAUGGGGUUUGCGAGAACAUGAUGGGGACAUAUCAAUGCGUUUGUGACGAUGGUUUUAAACAAAACGAUCAAAAAACGCAUUGCGAAGAUAUCGAUGAGUGUUAUGACGAACCAUGUGAUGAUGUUUGCGUUAACACCCCAGGAAGUUAUUCUUGUACAUGCGGAUCUGGAUACAAAUUAUUAUUGGAUGGAAAAACUUGUUCGGAUAUAGAUGAGUGUGCAGAAAACACUAGGAUUUGUCGAGGGGGAAAAUGCAUAAACACAGAAGGAAAAUAUCGAUGUGAAUGUCAAGGUGGUUUAAUACCGGGACCAGAAAAUCUUUCUUGUUUAGAUAUUGAUGAAUGUCGCCAUAACCCCAACAUAUGCGGUAGCGGAGAAUGCGUAAACACCUUAGGUUCAUUCUGGUGUCGUUGUGAAGAAGGUUACUCUGUAAAACCUGACGAAGGUCCAACAUGCACAGACGAAGACGAAUGUUACUUAGGAACAUAUAAUUGCCACGCAAACGCCGAUUGCUUAAACAACCCGGGUUCUUAUCAAUGUCGUUGUCACGAUGGUUUCACAGGAAACGGAGUUAGUUGCCGCGAUAUCAACGAAUGUUUAACAAAUAACGGCGGUUGCGAUCAAAACGCGCAAUGUAUUAAUACGGAGGGGUCGUUUAAAUGCGUUUGCGAUGCGGGUUUUAAAGGGGAUGGGUAUAGUUGCGUUGAUAUCGACGAGUGCGGAAAUGAUCAUACUUUGUGUGAUAAUGGGCAGUGUUUAAAUUAUCCGGGGUCGUUUAGGUGUGAGUGUGAAAUGGGUUUUAUGCAUCCCGAUGAAAAAGAUGAUCGACAAUGUAUAGAUAUCGAUGAAUGUAAAAUGUUCAAUAAUUUAUGCGUUUUUGGACGUUGUGAAAACACAUUCGGGAUGUUCCAAUGUGAAUGUGAUGAUGGAUACAAAUUAGAUUUAUCUGGAGGAAAUUGUACUGAUAUAGAUGAAUGUGAGAGUCCUCAAGCUUGUCGAUAUGGAACUUGCGCCAAUACCGAUGGGUCCUUUGAAUGUUUUUGUCCCCAAAAUUACGAAUUGGUUCCAGAUGGGAACGCUUGUAUUGAUCGAAGAACAUCGGUGUGUUAUUUAAAAGCUGAUCAUCACGGGAGGUGUUCAAUCCCAGCAGCGGAUUAUGUCACAAAAGCUUCUUGUUGUUGCACCGUUGGGAAAGGUUGGGGGCCAAAUUGUGAACUUUGCCCGAGAUUAGAUUCGCCAGAAUACGAACAAUUAUGCCCCGGAGGAUUAGGUUAUGGACCUAAUAAUGAUACAGUAGUUUUAGAAGACAUCGAUGAAUGCGCAGAACUUGAAGGUCUUUGUAAAAACGGUCAUUGUACAAACACCUUUGGAUCGUUUAUGUGUUCAUGUUCGGAUGGUUUUCGUCUCGAUGAAUCCGCCGUUUUAUGCGUUGACGUUGAUGAGUGUCUCGAAGACCCAAACAUUUGUAAAAUCGGGGAGUGUCACAAUGAAGAAGGUAGUUAUCGUUGUAUUUGUCCACCUGGAUAUAUGCCGCUUCCGGGUCGAAGAGAAUGCGUCGAUAUGAGAAAAGACCUUUGCUACACCGAGUAUAGUUCUUGGAGGUGUUCACAUCCCAUGUCGCAAAAUCAAACGAAAAAAUUAUGUUGUUGUUCGAUGGGGAAAGGAUGGGGACAACCAUGCGAACCAUGCCCGCCGCCGGAUACACUUGAAUUUAAAAACUUAUGCGGUAGAGAAGGUCCGGGUCAAAUAAUGGUCGAUCAAACCCUCGAAGAUAUCGACGAAUGCGCUUUAAUGCCUAAUCUAUGUUCAAACGGAGUUUGCGUAAACGUAGCCGGAAGUUUCCGUUGUGAUUGUUAUAGGGGCUACGUCGAAGAUACUUCAUCACAUCAUUGCGUGGACAUCAACGAAUGCGCUUUAGGAAUAUGCGCAUCGAACGCUCAAUGUGUUAACGUCCCCGGAUCCUUUGAAUGCAAAUGUCCCGAAGGUUAUAAACGCGGCGAUACUCACACGGAAUGCGUCGACGUCGAUGAAUGCACAGAAAGACCCGGAGUUUGCGCUAAUGGCGAAUGCAAAAACUUCCAGGGCAGUUUCCAAUGCGUUUGUCCAGCCGGAUUUUCAUUAACCCAAAGUAGAGAUUCUUGUAUUGACGUUGACGAGUGCGCGCGUCGUCCGGAUACUUGUAACGAUGGAAAUUGCGUCAACACGAUCGGAUCAUACAAAUGCAUUUGUAAUCCAGGCUUUAAAAUCAGCAGAAACAAUAAUUGCGUUGAUAUCGACGAAUGUCACAUGAUGCCGUUUUUGUGUCGAAAUGGAAGGUGUCGAAACACGGUGGGUUCAUUCCUUUGCGAAUGCCCCACUGGGUACAAAGUUACAGAAGAUGGACGUAAUUGCAAAGACAUCGACGAAUGUUUGGAAGUACCCGGAACUUGCCCACCACCAGGAAAAUGUCAAAACGUAAUGGGAUCGUACGUUUGUACUUGCCCAGAUGGUUACGAAUUAAGCACAAUAACUAAUAUGUGCGAGGAUAUCGAUGAAUGUGAAAAUCCCGAAGCAUGUGAAAACGGGGAAUGUACCAACACCGAUGGCGCAGCUUAUUGUACUUGCCCCCCUGGUUACAUCUUAAACGCGCGCCAAAUGAAAUGCGUCGACGUCCGACAAGAUUUUUGUUUCGACCAAGUUUUUAGCGGAAAUCAAUGCGCAGCGCAAAGAGGAAACAUGAAGUUAACAUUAAAAGAAUGCUGUUGUUCCCGAGGACAAGCCUGGGGUGUUUAUUGUUUGAGAUGUCCGCAAGAAGGUUCCGUUGAGUAUCAAAAAUUAUGCCCGGAGGGUGCUGGCAGAAUGGAUAAUGGCGAAGAUCUCGAUGAAUGCGCUUUAAUUCCGCGAGCUUGCGACGGUGGAGAUUGCGUCAACACGGAUGGAUCGUAUAGAUGCGAAUGUCCAAUGGGGUACACUUUAGAUGGAUCGGGGAGAACUUGCAUCGAUGAAAACGAAUGCGAAAUAACUAAAGGGGUUUGCGGAAACGGAACUUGCGUCAACGUUAUCGGAGGGUUUGAGUGUACUUGUAGCGAUGGAUUCGCUCCGGGGCCGUUACAAAGUUGUGAAGAUGUAAAUGAGUGUCAUGAAAUUGGUAAUCAAUGCGCGUUUAGGUGUCAUAAUGUGCCGGGGUCUUUCCGGUGUAUUUGUCCCUAUGGGUAUGCUUUAGCACCGGAUGGACGACAUUGUCAAGAUGUUGAUGAGUGUCUCACUCCUGCGAAUAAUUGCAAAUUCUUGUGCAAAAAUUUAAUUGGGUCGUUUACUUGUAUUUGUCCGGAAGGUUACUCCCAAGUACUUGGAGUUGAUGAUUGCCGAGAUAUAAACGAGUGCCAAACUAUCGAGGGGGUUUGCGCAAAUGGAUAUUGUAGGAAUUUACCUGGAUCUUACAUGUGUGAUUGUUUGGAUGGUUAUCAACCCGAUCGAGAUCAUAAAUCGUGUAUUGAUAAACGAAAAGAAUUCUGCUUCCGUAAACUAACUCGAGGUGAUAGAUGCACUCCUCACCACCGCGAAAUGAUAGCAAUGACAAAAGCGGAAUGUUGUUGUGCUCUCGGAGAAGCUUGGGGCGCAAAAUGCGAACUCUGCCCCCAGAAAUUCUCUUCGCUAUACAACGACAUGUGCAUGGAUUCGGGGAUCGUUUCAACUGGUGAAGACGUCGACGAAUGCGCCACAAUACCCGAUUUAUGCAUCAAUGGGAGAUGCAUCAACACAAUGGGAUCAUAUCGUUGCGUUUGUAAUCGCGGAUUUAAAUCGGACGGCGGCGGAACGAGAUGCUCCGAUAUUAACGAGUGUGGACAAACACCUUCUCCGUGCCAAUAUAAUUGCCAAAACACACCCGGAAGUUUCGUUUGUUCAUGUCCACCCGGUUAUUUAUUAAACAUGGAUGGAAUGACUUGUAGGGAUUUGGAUGAAUGCGCAACCGAUAAUCACGUAUGCCAACAGGAAUGUAUUAAUACUCAGGGUAGUUAUAGUUGUGGAUGUCGCGAAGGAUUCAAACAAAUCGGUGAUGAUUGCCAGGAUAUUAAUGAGUGUCUUGACCCGAACGAUCGGGUUUGUCCUAAACCGGGUAAAUGUGUAAAUACAGUCGGUAGUUUCCGGUGUGUUUGCCCACGCGGAUUUAAAGCGGAUCCAACCGGACGGUUUUGUAUCGACGCGGAUGAAUGCGCCGAUGGAGACGAUGAGAAAUGCCCCGAAGGAUGUCAAAACUUAAUUGGUGGUUAUCAAUGUGGAUGUCCCGAAGGAUAUAAAUUACAUCAUUAUUAUAAUCAUUGCAUUGAUGUUGACGAAUGCCUCACGAAACCUUGCGGAAGUUCUAGUUGUACCAACAUGCCUGGAAGUUAUAGAUGUGGAUGUCCCGAUGGGUAUCGAUAUGAUUCAAAUAUUAAUUCUUGCGCGCAAAUGGGACCUGCUUGUGUAGGUUCAUUGUGUCAAUUUGGAUGUUUUGAUCACGCCGGUGGUGCUUUAUGUGGAUGCCCCCAAGGUUAUCGAACGAUAGGUCAAGGUCAUUGCGUUGCAACGAUCGGACCUGGAAGUGCUUAUGGUCCCGAUUUAGGAAACGUCCCAGUUUACCCAUUAACAACUCAAGAUCAACGAUCGAAAAGUAAAAUAAUUUCAACGGAAGGAUGUUUCUCUUGCAAAGUAAAUGGACGAAGUCGGAGAGAAACUAAAAAUUUGAAUCCUUUUAAAACGUUCGGAAGUUAUUAUCAAUUAUCGCACAAUUAUACGGAUAUUUCAACGCAAAUAGGAGAUUAUUCCGAUUUAAACGAACUUAAAAUUAAAUUGAAUUUGAAACAAACAAGGCAUAAGAAGAAAAUUAUUAAAUUAGUUUCAGCUGUUAAGGGUCAUGUUGAAUACUCGAUAAUUAAAGGAAACGAUAAAAACACAUUCGAAAUGGUAAACGAAAACGAAAUAUGGGCGUUACGUUUCCGGAAGCGGCUGAAAGAGCCGGCUAACUUCCGUUUGGAAAUCGAAGGCGUUCCAAGCGACAUAAACGACACGACUUCACCGGGAAUAGGAAAACCGUUGAACUUAAAGCUGCAUGUAAUCGUUAAAGAAUAGUUUUUUUUUUGUUUUUAGUUAUUAGUUAGAUGAAUUUAUUAUCAACAUUUUUAUUAAAAUUAAUUAAUUAUGGAAAUUAUUACGCACUGCCCACCGAGUUUAUAACAAUCAUGUGUUCAUCGACGACUGCCAUUUAUUUUUUUCCUUUUAUGUUACGUGCUAUGUUCAUAAUUUUUUGAUUAAUAAUCGUAAUUUGUUUAUAAAUGUUAUAUAACAAGAUGUUAAAUUAUUAUUAUUUAGAUAAAUAGGAUGAGAGCUUUAUAAUCAUGCAGAUAGUAAUUAUAUACUUAUUUUUCCAAUAAAUGUUUAUGUAUAUGAAGUUAAA